AUGCUGUCUACUACCAGUCGCCUUGCAACUCGUGCUUUCCACACAUCAUCACGUCUAUCAGCUGCUGCAAGUGAACAAGCUAUUACUACUGCUACUAAGGUAACAUUGAAUCUAACUACACCUUAUCAAGCAUUUUACAAGAGUGCCGAGGUGGAUCUUGUCCAGAUUCCUGGUGUUAUCGGAGAAUACGGUGUUACUGCUGGUCACGCUCCUGUAUUGGCACAAUUAAAGCCUGGUGUUAUCAAGGUUCAUGUAGAGCGUGAGAAAGAUGUACAGAGCUUCUUUACAGCUGGUGGGUUUGCUCUCACGCAUGCUAAUUCCGUUACGGACAUUGCGUGCGUAGAGCUUGUGAAAGUGGAAGACAUUGACCCAGAAAAAGCUCAAGCUGAUUUAGCCACGUAUCAGGCCAAACUGGCUUCAGCUCCAGAAGGAUCAGAGGAAAAGCUCAAUGCGCAGAUUGGUGUGGACACUCUUGCGGCAAUGGUAGCUGCAGUUGUCAGCAAUUAG